AUGCAGCUCGUUCAAUCCCCCUCCCCUAUCCCGAUGCCGCACAGGCUUUCCUCGCGGACAAACGCCCCAUCCACCCGCUCCCUCAAGGUCCACUUCAAGCUGCCCGUCAUCAAGAAGGCCUCGCCCACCGUCUCCAUCACCAACGCCAACGCUGCUGCCCGCCUCGGCGUCCUCAGCGUGUGCGCCGAUGUCCCGCAGCCUGCCGCCAUCUCCUUCCCGUCCGCCCCGGUCCCGAUUCCCGCCAGCUCGCGCAAACGCGCCCUCAGCGACUUUGGACACGGCGCGCCGAACGUAGUCGGAGCAAGAGCGGGCUAUGGUGACGACGGUGAGAACACGACGAAGGCCAACGCACUCCCUUUCCACCGCCGCAUCUCCCACAUCGACAUCAUCCGCCGCCGCUCCAACUCCUGCGUCCCCGGCUCCAUCUUCCCCACCGAUGCUCAAUUGCCGCAAGAGCAGCUGCAUGCCGUCGCCUUUCCCUCCACUCCAUCCUCCACUCCCACCUCGUCCUCCAAAUCCUCCACCCCUUCCCUUCCUCCAUUCGCGGGCUCCCGCAAACGGCCAGCCGGCCGCCGCGAGAGCAUGAGCGCAGGCACUCCUCCCCCACCCUCGCGCAAGGCCCGUCGCGUCGUCGCCGACGCCGCAUUCCUCGCCGCGAUGCACAGCAGCAUCGCCCUCCACAUCCGCGCGCGCCUCUCCCGCCUCGCCGAGUCCAUAUCCGCCGCCGCCGGCUCGGACGACGACGUGCUGUCCGCCCAGGACGCCGUGCUCGUCGACCGCAUCUGGCACAACCUCGUCGACAUGGGCUACAGACCCCCGCCGCCGCCGUCGCCAACCGCGCCCGCCUCGACCGAGGAAUCUGCGCACCACGCGAUCGAGCAAUCGCAGGCCACCACCACCGCCGCCGAUCGUGCGCGAGCCGCCGCGGAGCGCGCGGCCCGCCGGACGCUCGAGGCCCAGGCCUCGCGCCCGGCGCAGGACCUGCCUCUCCAGCCAGCGGUGCUCCCCGUCCCGCAGCUCGUCGCGACGCUCAUCAUGCGACACCGCGACCGCGCGGCCGUGCGCCCGAGGUCGUCGUCGUCGUCGCGCAAGCGCGCCGUCGAGGAAGACCUGCUCACCCCGCCCUCGCCGCGCCGCCGGCGGUCGCCGCUGUCGACGACGUUCCUCCCCUCGAACUCCCCCUUUGACGGCUGA